GCCAGAGAGAGAGUAGAGUUCCCUUAGUGCGUGUUACUUACACAGCGAUCUCAAGUUUUAGUAUCGAGAGAUCUGACGAGAUACAGCAAACACCCCAGACUGAAACUCCCGCCCAAAAGAGCCCUGGGGAAGAAGCACGACGGCACCAGAAGCAGGCACUUAGGUUCCUGACGCUGAUCAGCAUGGGUAAAGAUGCCAUUCAGAAGAGGAGGAGAGACCCCAGCGACACAGGGGCCCCGGAUGGAUGCCACCAAACUCUGGAUGCUGAGGACGGAGUGCGUGGGCCUGCGCUGCACAGAGAUGUCGGGCUCUUCAGUGGAAUCUGCCUGAUUGUGGGCAGCAUGAUCGGCUCAGGCAUCUUCAUGUCCCCAAGAGCCGUGCUGGAGCACACUGGCGCUGUGGGGCCAUGCUUAUCUGUUUGGGCUGCAGGUGGUGUUCUGUCCACACUGGGAGCUCUUUGCUAUGCAGAACUCGGCACCAUGAUCACGCAGUCCGGGGCGGAGUACUCGUACCUACUGGAGGCCUAUGGGCCCCUCACUGCCUACCUGUUCUCCUGGAUGUCCAUCGUCGUCCUGAGACCUGCGUCAGGGGCGGUCAGUGCUCUCACUAUUGGACAAUAUGCUGCGGCACCGUUCUAUCAAGGAUGCAGCCCUCCAGUGCUGGUCGUCAAGAGUCUGUCUGCUGUCUCCAUCUUGCUGAUCCUCCUGGUAAAUUGCCAGAGUGUGAAGCUGGCCAGCUACGUGCAGAACUUCUUCACCGUGGCCAAGCUCUUCAUCAUUUUUGUCUUCACAGUGGCUGGGAUUGUCCUGCUGGCUCAGGGGAACACGCAAAACUUUACAAAUGCAUUUGAAGGUGCUUCAUUGUUACCUGGGAACCUUGGCUUGGCCUUUUAUAGCAGCCUCUGGGCUUAUGACGGCUGGAAUCAAUUGAAUUGCAUAACAGAAGAACUCAAAGAUCCUACUCGGAACCUGCCGCUGGCCAUCUUCAUCGGAAUCCCGCUCGUCUCUAUCUGCUACAUCCUGGUGAACAUAGCGUACCUCACCGUCAUGACGCCCAUGGAGAUGCUGCAAUCUCCGGCCGUGGCUGUGACUUUUGGUGACAGAGUCCUGUACCCAUUUUCAUGGAUCGUCCCUCUGUUUGUGGUCUUAUCUUCAUUUGGAGCUGCCAAUGGUUACGGUUUAACUAGUGGACGGCUGACCUACAGAGCAGGCAGAGAAGGUCACAUGGUGAAGAUAUUGUCCUUCAUCAGUCUCAAGCAUCACACUCCGUCUCCUGGCGUCAUCUUCAACGCAAUUCUGUCAAUGUUCUACAUACUCCCAGCGGACAUCGACAGCUUGGUUAACUACUGUAGCUUUGCCCAGUGGGCCUUUUACGGACUGACUGCUUUAGCUCUCAUCAUUAUGAGAUUUACCAAGAAAGACAUGAAGAGACCAUUCAGGGUUCCACUGGUUAUUCCAGCUGUCUUGAUUCUGAUGUGCGGGUACCUGGUGUUGGCUCCCAUUCUGGAAAAACCCGAAUGGGAGUAUUUCUACUGCAUUGCCUUUGCCCUGAGUGGACUGAUACUUUACUUCCCAUUUGUUCGCUGCAAAUUAAGCUGCUUGAAAAAGAUCAUGAGACCGCUCACCAUGCAUCUCCAGCUGCUAAUGGAGGUGGUUCCAGCAGAGGCAGCUGAGUGACAGUGGGAAGUGAACCUUCAUAUAUGCAAUAUACACAAAUGCCACAAUAUGUCAAUAAAAAGAAUGUGGCACAAACAACCUGUGUCACUGGCAGUGGUGUCAAACCCACUCUCA